CUCUGACCUGCUGGCUGGAGCACCGGCCCCCGCCGCGAGUGCCGGCCGCGCCGGUAGUAGGGGCCGCCCGGGGAUAGCGAAGGGAUGCUAGGAUGCGGGGAUGCGGGUUAUUAGAGCCGGCUGUCGCCCGGUGGCGUCCGGGACCGGCCCGCCGGGACAACGGGGUGCUCCUGGUGGAGCGGCACGCACACGGGAACGAGCACUUCUCUCCCGUCGACAAGCGGGCCGUGCGCGUGCUGCAGGCGGACGAGAGAGCGCGCCGAGCUGCCCGCGGUCGCUAAAUUUACGUAUUCGCGACAAGGGCCUUCGGGUUGCCUUCGGGUCUCCUUCGGGUCGCCUGUGGGUGGUUUCCUUCGGUGCCGAGUAGAGUGAAGAGUGCGGUCAGUGCCGAGGAGAUGCGAAGGAGGCCGUGGCCGUGACGAGCGCCGAGUUCGACGCCGUUCGACACGACGCGGCGCGCCGUGUUGACACCGAGCCCCGCCUCGCGGGUGCCGUCGUGGACGUGGACCCCCCGCGGCGCAGGUGCUGACACCGCCCGGCGUGGCGCCUCGCCCUCUGACGUUCCAGUUCGACCGUCGUGAGUGAGUGCUGUGGCCGGCGGCCGGCGCCGUGGAGGUGAGGACGUUUCGACGCCGUGGUCGGAGGGGGCCGGCAGAGCCUCCUCCCGCGCCUCCUCGUUGGCGGGGAGGUGCGCCGUGACGCCCCAGGACGCCGCCGUGCUCCUGAUGGCGGGCCGCCGAGGGCUCCUGAGCUGACACCACGGGCGGCUCCUCAUCCCGCGGCCAGAGGGCCCCCGGGGCCCGGUCCCCCAGCGCGCCCGCGUCCCCCAGCUCGGCCAGCGGCAUGUCCGCCUCCGGGGGCCACAGCGGGGGCCACAGCGGGGGCCACAGCGGGGGCGGGCGCAGCUCGCGGGCGGCGGGCAGCAGCGGCGCCGGCGGGUCGUCGCGCCGGGCCAGGUCGGCGUCGUCCCGCUACUCCGAGAAGCCUAAGAAGAAAAAGGCCAUCGCGACCAAGCACGCCGGCACCUCUCUGGUCUCCAUCCCCAACGCCAUCAAGCUCUCCAUGCUCAACAGCGGUCUGCUAUCACUGUCCUCGGAGGAGCACGGUAUCCUGUCCACGGUUCCGUCCGACCCGGUACCGGUGGCCAGAUUCCAGAAGCUGUGCGACCAACGGAGGAAGUUUGCAGUACUGUUCCGAGUCGAAUUCCAAACGGCGGCCAAGGUGGAGGUCCACUCGUGCAGGCACGCGAACAAGGCUGUGAACCGGGAGAAGAACCAGACCCUCAAGUGCGUGCCAUAUGACUACAAUCGAGUGGUGCUGGACCCGUCCAAGACCUGCGCCACUUCAGACUACAUCAAUGCCUCCCACAUAGACAGCAUGCUGAAGCCGAACGCCUACAUCGUCACCCAGGGUCCGACCGAGCACACGGUCGUGGACUUCUGGUGCAUGGUGUGGCAGGAGCGGGCGUCGUGCAUCGUCAUGCUCACGAAGACGUUCGACUUCAUCAAGGUCAUGUGCCUGCAGUACUGGCCGCCCGCGCCCGACCACCCGGAGCGCUACGGCGACCUGGAGGUGUCGGUGCUGCGCGAGGAGGAGCUGGCCAACUUCCACAUCCGGACUCUGCGGGUGGUGCGGUACAACCGGGUGCAGCCGGCCGCGGGCGAGAACACGCUCGACCAGGGCCAGGGCGUGGCGGCGCCCGCGGAGGAGAUCGUGGAGGAGCGCACGCUGCUCCAGUUCCACUACACCGAGUGGCCCAGCCACACCUGCCCGUUCUCCAACUCGAUCCUCGAGUUCCGGCGGCGGGUGCGCAUGGUGGUGGCGGCGCAGCGCCAGACCGACCAGCACGGGCCGUGCGUCGUGCACUGCAGCGACGGCGCCGGCCGCUCCGGCGUGUACCUGGCCAUCGACGCCAACCUCGAGCUCGCCGAGGAGGAGGACUGCUUCGACGUGUUCGGCUACCUCAAGAAGCUGCGUCAGUCCAGGAAGGGCAUGAUCGACAACGUGGACCAGUACAAGUUCGUGUACGACACCCUGGAGGAGCACGCUAUCUGCGGGCCCAGCUGGUUCCCGGUCAAGGAGCUGUCGCAGAGGCUGCGCGCCAAGGGCCAGCGCGGGCCCAACAAGCUCAGCGAAUACCAGCGCGAGUACCAGCUCAUCUGCAAGCAGACGCCGCGGUUCACGAUAGGCGACUGCGCGGGCGGACACCGCGGAGACAACCGGGAGAAGAACAGGGACGUCCUCGUUGUGCCGCCUGACAACUCUCGACCAUACCUCACAUCAUUCCAGGGGAACAAUUUCACCGACUACAUCAACGCUGUGUUCGUGGACGGAUACACCAAGCCCAGAGAGUACAUCAUCACGGAGUGGCCGCUGAAGCACACGCAGGGUGACCUCUGGUCCAUGGUGUACGACUACGAGGCCGCCGCCGUGGUAGUGCUGUGCGUCCCACCCAAGAACUCGCAAAGUUACCCGCCCUUUUGGCCGGAGGGCCGCCACUCGAAAAAGUAUGGCCCCGUGUUCACCAUCGACCACAUCUCGCACAACGAAUACAGCAACAUCAGAACGUGGGUCUUCCGUAUCAAUAAAAAGAUCGUCUCGCUGACGGAGCUGAUGGCGGGCGUGAAAGCGCCACCACGGCGCGUGCAGCUCUUCCAGCUGACGUGCUGGCCUAUGGACCACAAGGUGCCCACGUCCACCAACUCCCUCGUCGAGCUCAUGAACAUGGUGGAGCGGUGGCGGCAGCGCUGCGACUACGGCCCCGUCGUUGUCGUCAGCCAGGACGGGCACAGCCGCUGCGGAGUGUACUGCGCGGCCAACGCCUGCAUCGAGCAGGUGAUCCAGCACGGGGAGGUGGACGUGCUGCAGGCGGUGCGGACGGUUCGCAGGCACCGGCCCCAGCUCAUGGGCAGCAUGACGGAGUACAAGUACUGCUACGACCUCGUGCUGCACUACGUGCUGCACUACCUCAACAAGGAAGUCGAGGCUGCGAGCAAGAAAUGAGGAGGCGUAGGGAUGGUUCUUACUCUCGGUGACGGGGGAGAAUCUUGUCGUUUUUUUCCAUUAUUGUGAAGAAAAAGGCUCGGGUGGGCAGCCGCAACGCGCUGUCGCCGCAGCUGACCUUUCGAACCGCUACAGGAGCUUGCUGCAUUCCGGGUGGGGAGAGGGACGUUUACCAGAAUCGGGUGGGAAAAGAAAGUAAGAAGGGACUGCACUGUCCCGCGGUCUUUCUCUCCACUACAAGACAUGACUGAGCAGAAAAUGUCUUCGAUUCAAAGUGGUAGCAAUAUUCUGAGGAUUUUUCAUUGAGGACUGGACUUUUUCUUAAGUGCAGAAAAUGUGCCAGAAGAGCAUUUCCUUGAACAUUUUUUUGCUUGUUUGAACUAAGAGUGUGGUAACCUAUUCCACUUGUUUUACUGAAAGCAAUAGACAUCAAACCUUCAUUAAGUCUUGCUCAAAGAUGUUACAUUGAGUUUCGUGUGUCCAUCUGUGCAGAGGAAAGGCAUUAAAAUGCAAACAAAUACACAA